AUGACUACUGCUCCUCGUUCUUCCCGACGGGCCGUCCUUUCUUCACGUGCAAGUGAUCGCAAGCGCUCUUACUCUCUCUACCCAUCUGGGUACAGUAAGGAGCAACUUGACCACUGGUAUGGUAGGGACAAGCAGCCAGUCGAGGAACAAGUUGAGGAGCCUGUGGAGAACCCUUCUUCUGCUACUGCUGUUUCUGCCGAAGUCUCCGCUCCAGCCACAGCCACGGCUGUUGAAGCAUCGACACCUGUCCAGUCCCAGUCGAAGAAGCGUAAGCGUCGAUCUUCACCUGAUCAGAUUCCUAAUCCCGUGGGAUGCAGCUACGGCAUGGACAUGGACUACUUUACCUUUGACUCAGAUGACGAAAAGUGGGCCGAGGAGGAGGUGGAACGACGAGCGGCCAUGUCCCGAAAACCUGCACCUCCGGACGCGGAACCCACACCGUCUAUCCAAGAGCCUGCACGCCCUGCCCCGAAGAAGGUUCGAAUCGAAGAACCGAAGCAGGCGCCUCGCCGCCGAGAUACCUCUCGUCGAAACGUCCCCUCGCGUCGCGCCGCUCGUACCACGCCGGCCGCGAGCACCACGCAGGCCACGAGCACCACGCAGGCCACGAGCAACACGCAGGCAACGAGUUCCCCCUUCCAGCUUGGAGUAUCGGGCCCUUCGCGCACUUUCCAAACCCCGUACUCGUCUGCCGCGGCAGAUGACGCGAGUGAACCACAGGUAUCGUCGAGACCCCCCUUCCAGCUUGAAGUAUCGAGCUCCUCCCGCGCUUUCCAAACCUCGUACUCGUCUUCCACUGGAGAUGAAGCGAGUGAACCACGAAGUCCCGGUUUUAUUCCAAACCCCCAUGGAACCUUUUGCACCCCGUACUCUUCUGACUCCGACGUAUCUGACUUCGACGUGACCGAAAUUCAGGAUUUUUCUACCCCUCGUGUUCCGGCUUCCUCCCAGCACGUUGACAACCCGGUGCAGUCCCCCGACAUCUCGCUUGAUGACGACAGGAGUUUGCUGCCAACCGUGAGCCGCGAGCCGACUGCUCUGGCACCCGCUUCUCGAGUUAGCGCCGCGCCGCCCCGACCCGCUGCCUCCUCCAAUCGCAGCAUUGACGCGCGAUCUCGAAUCAUUACAGCACCGCCUGGCGUUACUGGCCCUUCUGUUCGGUCCCAGCCCCCUGAGGAGACUCAGCAAGAAACUGGUCCGACUAAAGAUCCCUCUCCGCUGACCCGAGUUCGCACCGCGGCAACCAAGUUCAACCCCAAGACGCCUAGCCGUCUUCGUGCAGCUCACCGUUUCUCAAGCAGUACUUGCACCACCCCCAGCUUCUUCUCGGACCCCAUGUCCAUUUGCCAAGAGACCCCGUCCGAACGUCGGGACCGCAAGACUCGCCUGCGCCACUGGUUCAAGGAGGUUUGCCCCACUGGAGAUCUCAGCCAGAUUCAGUGGCCUGAGCCUCGUCCCAUGUACCAAGCACUGGGAUUCAGCCGUGAAGUCAAUGAUGUCGUCGACCGGAUGAGGGAAGAACGCAAGGAUGAAGUUCAGCGUCAGGUUCAGGCUUUCAAUGAUGGCUUCGAACGCUUCGAACGCACCGGACAACUGUAA